CUGGCCCCGGACGAGAGGGUCUGCCUUCACUUGAUAGGAACUCUCUUCGGGAUGUUGCAUACUGUGGAAGACAGUGGUGCCCUGGACCUAUUCAUAGAAGUUCUGGUGCGGCUCAUAGUGGAGCUGAAGUCAGAACAGUACUUACACUGCAUUUUGGAUGAAAGCCAAAAAGAGCUGUGCAAAGUAACUACCAUGAGAGGCAGCCUGCCCACAUUCACCCUCUUGGGCAAGCUGGUAGAUGCCAUCCCAGGCUUUGCUGAUCUGCUAGUGGUAGAGCACAGUAAUUUAGUGGAUCAUCUGCUGGUGGGCUUGAUGUACCCAAAUGAAGGUGUAAAGGCUGCUGUCUGCUACUUGUAUGGCAAGCUGUUCUCCUCUCCUGUUGGCACAGAACGGCUCUCAGCACACUUUGAAGAAAGGCUGUGUGGUCUCUUCUUGAAUACCUUGGGGCGUGCACAGACAAAUGAACUGCAGGUUAAUUGUUUGGGUUUGCUAAAGGAGCUGCUGAAAUCUGACCAUUUUGUAUCCAUUCUCAUGAAUAAUUCAAAGACAGAGGAGGAGUCUGAGAACCCUGACAUUUUAGAAGAGGAAAAUCCACUGCCACUUGUUCUCAAAAAGCUUUUGUUGACCAGAGAUGAGAUGUUACAGGCAGCAAGUUCUCACUGUGUGGCUGCAGUGCUGGUUCACUCUCCCAGCAGAUAUGCUUCUGCUUUUAUCCAUGCAGAUGUCCCAGAAUUCCUGUUUGAGUGUCUCUCCUGCAACAGUGAAAUUCUCAUCUGGUCAGUGUAUUGCUGCCUGCUCCUCCUAACUGAAGAACGCCUUUUCUUCUCAAAGUGUCACACAGUCUAUGGCAUUGAAACUCUGCUGAGGAGUCUCCGAGUUGUCCUGCAGCGGAACAAUGUGGAGUUGCACAAACAAGGGCUCCUGCUCUUCACCGAAAUACUGAAACGGCAACCAGUGGAAAUCAAAUUAUUCACAAACCGAGGUGUAUGUAUAGAAGCCAUUGAUGUUUUGAUGGAGACAGUGAACUGCCCAGUGCUGGAGGUGGUAGUGGAGGCUGUGAGAGCUGUGGCUGCUUUCUUGAGGAAGGACCAUCUGAGCUCCCCUCCAGUCCCAUAUGAAGAGCUGCAGAAGCUGCUAGAGGCAGUGGUGAAGCGAUGUGCUGACCUUUCCCCACCACAGAGUAGCAAGAGGCAUGCAGGUGAUCUCCUAUUCUCAGUAUCUCAGAGCCACCCAGCAAACAGAAAUCUCAGCAGAGUUCCUCAGAGACAGGGACAGUUCUUGCUCAACACCCUGGAAAGUUUCAGAAAUGCCUGCAGGUUAGCAGUGGAAUUUCAGAGUGACUCCAUGGCCCAGGAGAAUGCUUUCACUGCCCCCAACUCUGAGAGCAAGGACACGCUGAGGAACUUCUCUGAGUUCCUGUUGAGGAUUUAUGACAGUCUCUGCAUCCCUAUGGUCACGAACUACCUGGAAAGGGCUGUCAGCCCAUCAGUGAUGGAGGUUUUCAUCUCAACACUUAAUACCCUCUUUAUAGUGGUGCCAAACAUGCGGAAUAAGUUCUCCAAAAAGCUGGUAUCCUCCUCCUUCAUCCGACUGACGCUGGAGCUGAAGGCCAGAUUUUGCUCUGUACAAAGUAACCCUGCCUUGAAUCAGGCCUGUUCCAGCUUCCUCUGCAGCUUGUGCCUGAGCCUUUACUCUGCCACAGAGAAGGAGAGAACUUCUUCUCAGGAGGAGCAAGAGAUGUCUGAGCUCCUGCAGAAGGGUCUGCCUCAAUUAAACUACACCAUUGCUGAAAGCCUUCUCCUCCUGGCUGAAACACCUGAGCCUUUCUCUUUAGAUCAGUCUCUUUGCAGCCACCAACACUGCUUCAUACUACUCUUAUACUUUGCCUACACUCUUGGGGACAGGUUUGUCCCAGAAGCAGAAUUAUUUUUAGCCGUAAGAAAUUUCCUCCUGUCGGCACAGGACCAUGGAGACUGUCCCCCUCCAUAUAUACUCAGAGCUGCACUUUACCUCCUUGCUGUCUGUCAGGACAAAGGCAAAGCCCUGGACUUGAGGCCAUUGUGUACCAUAAAGAGGAUCCUGGAUAAUCUUCCAGAUCUGAGCUUGGUUUAUGUCCACUGUCCUCUCCUACUGAAAUUCUUCCUGCGCUACCCUGAACUUAUGGGGAGAUUUGGACACCAGAUCCUCCAGCUCUGGUUUUCCUGGGGAGACUGCAAGCAAACUGACACCAAAGGAGCUGGUUUUGGUGCUUCUGAUCAGCUGAACUGCACUAACCCAUUACUUCCCAUUCUGAAGAGCAAUUCCAGCAUUUUACUUAUUUUACUG